AUGGUUGAAAAAAUCCAACAAAUCUUGAAUCAAUAUAAUCCAUUUGUGCAAACAUUUCACCACCUUGCGCAACGUCAAGAUUUGCAAAGUUGUAGAUUGAUUAUCAAAGAGCAGCCUGCGAAUCAACGACAAUAUUGUUUACCGUCUGCAUCUCAGGUUGCUGCAAUCAUAGUAGGUGGUGAAGGAUCAGAAAACAUUAGAGGUCGAGAUAUUGUUGUGCAAACUACAGAUGGUCAACUUAAGAGUAUCAAAGACUGUGUCGGCUACUAUGACCCUUUACAAUAUCCAUUGUUGUUACCUUAUGGAACAUAUGGAUGGGAUGUGAAUACUCGAAAUAACAACAGCAGAAAAGUGACAUGUUGUGACUAUUAUUCGUAUCUUCUUCAGAUCCGUCAACACGACGAAUCGCUUCUACUUCGUGGUGGCCGCCUAUUGCAACAAUAUGUAGUUGAUAACUACGUCAAGAUCGAAUCACAAAAGCUUAGAUGGAUGCGUAAUAAUCAACACACAAUUCGAUCUGAAUUUUAUCGAGGACUGCAAGACUCAUUAAUUGCAGGACAAAAUAAUGCAGGAGACGUCGGUCGUCGUAGGACUAUAUUACCAUCAUCUUUUGUUGGUAGUCCCCGAGACAUGUAUCAAAGGUAUCAAGAUGCAAUGACUUUGGUUCAAAAAUAUGGAAGACCAGAUAUUUUCCUAACAAUGACAUGUAAUCCAACUUGGGAAGAAAUAAGUGAUGAGCUACUACCUGGCCAAACACCACAAGAUCGACCAGAUUUGCUUACAAGGGUUUUUCGUGCAAAAUUUGAAGAGUUGAAGAAUGAUGUUAUAAAAAAAGGUGUUUUAGGCAAAGUUCUUGCAUAUGUAUAUGUCAUUGAGUUUCAAAAGCGCGGUCUCCCCCAUGUUCACAUGCUUCUCAUGUUAGAAGAAAACGAUAAGCUUAAUAGUCCAGAUGAUUAUGAUCAGGUGGUACGGGCUGAAAUACCAAAUCCAAAUGAAGAGCCUAAAUUGUAUGGUGCCGUCUUAAGCAUUAAGAGUGUUAAGUAUCUGCACAAAUAUGUUUACAAAGGUCCCGACCGAGUAGCUUUUGAAGUCCAUCAUGAACCUAUUCAAGAUGAAAUAAAGCAGUUUGUUGAUGCAAGAUGGAGUUUUUUACCAAGAAUACCACUUGCCCGGAAGCACGACAAUACUUAUACCGGGAAUUCCCUAAACGGUUCAAAUGGAGUCAAAGAGAUAAACUCUAGAGUGAGAGGAUGA